AUGGUGCGUAACCCCAUCGGUCUCGCGGUGCUCAGAAACGCUAUCCGGCUUCCAGGGGUGGUUGACUCUGGCGGGGUUCCGAAUACCCCUUGGAUUAACAAGGAUCUAAUUCCACUACCACCAUCGAGACGAACUUGGAAUGACUGGGAUUUCAUUGGGUUUUGGGCAGUUAUCUCGCUCUCCAUCUCUACAUGGCAAGCAUGCGCCGCUCUCCUUGAAACAGGUCUCAAUAUAUGGCAAGCUAUGAUUGCAUGUAUUGUAGCAAAAUUUUUGAUUCUACUCAUAGCAAUUUCUCAUGGAUAUCCAGGAGCAACAUGGCACAUUGGAUAUACGGUGCUUUCACGUGCAACUUUUGGACUCUGGGGAUCCUAUCUUGCGCUUUUCCAAAGAAUUGUUCUUUGCACUGUCUGGUAUGCGGUACAGUCUUUCACCGCCGCCCAGUGUUUUUCCGUCUUCUUAUCUGCUAUCUUCCCAUCAUUCUAUCAUCUUAGAAAUACCCUCCCAUCGUCCAUACCUAUGGACACCAAGCAACUCAUUUCAUUUUUUCUUUACCACGCCGUUUCAGUGCCUUUACUUCUUACCCCACCAGAAAGACUCAAAACUCCCUUUAAAGUUGUCUCAGCCAUUUCCGCAAUCACUAUUCUUGGAACAGCCGUUGGAUCCAUCGUCCAUGCUGGUGGAAUUGACUCCAAGAUCCUAGCUGCAAUGCACACUCGUACAGAAACAAUCGGAUAUGUUUUUGUAAAAGCUGUCAAUACCGUCAUCAAUUCUCACGCAGUAGGACUCUCCAAUCAGCCAGAUUUUUCUCGCUUUGUAAGCAAGCCAGGCCAGCAAAUCUGGGGGCAGGCGGUUUCCAUCAUGAUUCUUGGCAAUGUAGUUCCUCUACUUGGUCUUUUGGCCACUGCGGCUGCUUACAAGAGCUUUGACUCUCAAUUGGGCUCAAAUCUCUGGAAUCCACCUGUAAUCUUGACCUGCUGGCUAAAUGAAUCAUACUCACCCAAGUCUCGGUGUGCCACGGCUUUUGCCGCUUUGGGAUUCCUCAUCUCAACCAUGGGCCUUAACACAAUUGAUAAUGGUAUGUCUGGUGGAAUGGAUUUGGCUGGAGUAUGGCCACGGUACAUUAAUAUUCGCAAAGGGACCAUCUUGAUUGCAAUUGUUUCUAUUGCAAUCCAACCAUGGUAUAUUUUACAAAGUGCUACAAUAUUUCUCAGUGUACUUAGUUCUUACGGUUUGUUCCUUGGACCCAUGAUUGGUGUCUUCACAAGCGACUACUUUUGUGUCAAAAAAUGCAACAUAAAACUCUCUGAUCUUUACUACCCUAGAACAAGCGAUAACUCUGGUCGUAGCAUAUAUUGGUAUAGCCAUGGCAUUAACUGGAGGGCUUAUUUUGCAUGGGUCAUUGGGUUUCUCCCAGGGAUCUCUGGCGCAGCAUCCUUAAAUACAAACCUAACGAGUAAGUUACCGCGCCAAAUUGUCCGCUUGUUUUCUGUUUCUUUUAUUAUUGGCUACUUUGUGGCCUUUUUUGCGCAUUGGGGGAUUUCUAAAGUUUUCCCUCCCUCUGGAAUAGGCGAACAUGACGCGCUGGACGUGUUUGGGACAUUUACCGAGGAAGAAGCGCGUGCUCUUGGUGUGCAACCUCUUCCUUCUGCUGAGUCUGAGCCAGAUACAGUUUUGCAGACUGUGGUUGCUGAUAACGAGUUUAAAUCUCUUACUGUUUUUUAA